AUGGACGUGUACCUGCCCCCGGAGGCGGUGCCCUUGACGCCCGAGAUGGAGGGCUACCGGGCUCGGGUGAUGGACUGCACCGCCCGGCCGGAGGAGCUGGACGAGCUGUACACGCUGCACGUGGGCCCGGCGAUUGUGGGCCACAUCAGGCCGGAGUUCGCGCGCAGGCUGGAGGAGUUCUCUGACGUGUUCGACGUGCGGUCGAAGGACGCCAGCGUCGUGAUGAGCCGGGAGCUCAGGACGCCGGAGGAGAGAACGAAGGCGAUGGCAGGUGUGCUGCGGGAGCUGAGGUCCCAGGGCGUAAUAACUGGCUGGAGGGACGAGCUGUAUCCGGUGGUGGAGGCUUUCCAUCAGACGCCUCUGAUGCUUGUGGAGAGGGCAGCAGUUCCCUAUUUGGGAGUAAGAGCAUACGGGGUGCACAUAAAUGGGUACACUGUCAGUGAGGAAGGGGAGGUGAAGAUGUGGGUGGCGAGGAGGAGCAAGACCAAACAAACCUGGCCAUCAAAGCUCGACCACAUUGUUGCUGGGGGUCAGCCCGUUGGGAUCAGCUGUGCAGACAACGUGAUCAAAGAAUGCCAGGAAGAGGCCAGCAUUCCUGAACCACUGGCACGGAAGGCCAAGCCUUGUGGGGCCGUGAGCUAUGUCUGCAUGCAACUGGCUGGGUUGAAGCGAGAUGUUCUCUUUGUGUACGACUUGGAGCUCCCGGCAGACUUCAAACCAAAGCCAGAAGAUGGGGAGGUUGAGGAAUUUAUGCUUUGGCCAAUCCCAAAGGUCGCUGAAGUUAUUCAGACCACCACAGAGUUUAAACCCAACUGUGCGCUUGUGGUCAUAGACUUCCUCAUACGGCAUGGCUACAUCAAACCUGACGAGCCAGGAUACUUGGACUUGUUCACCGGCCUGAGGAUCGGCCACUGUGCAUGA